GGUAUAAAAGGACUGAGCGAGUGAGUGCGUGUACUUCGAGACGACAGGUAUAACUGACAUCCCAUCACAGAAACUAAGCAUGGAGUUCUUGAAGGUCCUCGUGAUUUUGAUCGUAGUUUCGCACGGUUCGCUAUCAAAGCCAGUAAGUUCUGAGGAUGAACUACGUGUCAUCGGAAAACUAGAGAGACUCGUAGCAAGCUUAAGACAGUAUGUGGUUGACGGUAAUAGACGCGAGAAUUCUGUGAGCGGUAUCGGACCACUGAGCGGAUUUGCGCCGAAAUUCCCUAUCCCCGGUACCAGAACACUUGGGCCUUGGGGGCUAGAUAACGACGAACUUGACCCCUCCUCUCCAACAUACAAAUGGCUCUACAAGAUGGUCGGAAAGCUCCUGAAGCCAUACUUCAGCAGUUUCCCAAGUGGACCAUAUUCAUCGGAGAUGCAGUCAACACCACGUAAUGUUGUUGCAAUGAUGAAUGCAUGGUAUGUCAACGAUGACCAAAUGAUGACCAAAGAAGAUGCCUUCUUUAACGUUGCCAGAGAGAUCUUGGAUGCCCAUUUCCAGUGUGCAACGACAAGAAUCAACCAAAUAGUUUUCUAUGUUUUCAAGGACCAAGUACGUGCAAUGGUCGAAGAUGACUGGAAAAUUGACACUCGCGUAAGGAAAGUUUUAGGGAGUUGGAUAACGGAUAUGGCUGUUGCGGACAAAGUCGCCCAGAAAAUUAUGGCAGCGCAUAGAAAUACCUACGGGGACAUUAUGGAGCAAAUUGAAUAUUUCCAACUUAAUGAUAUUGUGGAAUUCCUUGCAAAAAUGAAAAUGCUCAUGUGGAAAGCUGAGCAGGACGAAUGGACACCAGUCAUGAUCAAUAAGAAACUGAAUCAACUUUUGACUGACAAUGACCUUGUCUUUCAAUGUCCGAGUGUGCGUGAUCUAUGGGAAUUCCACCAAAAAAUUGUUAUCCGUUUUCAACAGAGGUUAUCCGAAACCAAACCCUUGUCUGAGACAGAGGCUUGGUUAAAGGAAGUCCUACCCGUAUACAUCACUACAGACGCCACCCCCGCCAUUACUGCCAUCCUACAAAUGUACAAGGACUACAUUAAGUCGGAUAUGGUGCACUUCGAACAAGUGGAGAACCACGUGACUAGCGGAAAUACGGCCGACAUCACGGAUUUUAUGUCCCAAUUCCUCGCACCGCAUCAGCUCCAGUAUUUGCAGUCCAUCUUUGAAUUCCUCAAUACUGGGAAUACCCACGACAUCAUGGAAAUGGAACAAGUAAGGAACGAAAAUACCGUUAACGGACGUUCCAAUGGUAGAUGCUCCGAAUUCAACGGGGAAUGUAGAUGAAACGGAAGCCUGGGCCGUAUGAUGUAUGGGGUAACGACAUGUGAUAACCAAACCGUGUGUAAAGGGUUAUUCCUUAAAGUGUUGACCCUUUCGAAUAGUGCUUUCAAAUGACUUUUUUGCUUUGAAAAAUAAAUUAUAUACCGAAUA